AUGCAGGAAUUGAAUAAUGCGGACGGACUAACAACAGAAGUCGAUGUGACUGAAAUGAUAGCACAACUGAAUAACGAACAGAAGUGUAUAUUUGAUAGUGUAACAAACACCUUGCUUUCAAACAAUAAAAAUAAGACAACGGCUGUUACAGCACCAACAGGUCUGGCUGCUUUCAAUGUCGACGGACUGACGGUACACAGACUGUUUCAACUACCAGUUGAGCAUGGCGGUAAACCCAUAUAUGAAGAAUUGUCCGACAAAGUAUUAAAAAUCUUGCGGACAGAAUUAAAAAAUGUAAUGCUGUUCAUCAUAGAUGAAGUAUCAAUGAUUUCCAAUGUAAUCUUGACCUGCAUUCACUUGCGUUUAUCUGAAAUAUCUAAUACUAAAAAUACAUCCGAUCGUUGGUUCGGCGGAAAACACAUUAUACUUAUGGGUGAUUUGUUGCAGCUACCACCAGUUAUCGCAGAUUCAGCGUAUCUAACGUUAAAAAAAGAUAAAGUACAGAAAUAUCUCGGUUCGGUCGGUGCUGUUAAUCUUUGA